AUGGAUUACAUUGAAAAUUAUAUUUUACCAGAAGAACGUGAAGUACCAAGAACAUUAGACGAUUAUUUCGGUUAUGGUAUAAAGGACACACUUGAAGAAAUCGAAUAUAACAUGGAGGGGCUAUCGCUGAUAAUUAUAAUGGAACCGUACGAUGAAGAACUAUGUGAAAAGCAAGUUUUUGAAUAUAAACUGCUAGAGGACGAAGAAGAAGAAUUGCAAAAAGAGGAACACCAACAAGAAGCCAAAAAUACAAAUAAUGUAAAAAUAGAACCAAAAGAGGAGGAAGAAUACAAAUUGCAACUGAAGGAAGAAAUAGCAACCAUUCCUGAAGAAAACCAACCCCAAACGGAUGAAGACCUGUUAAAAUUAAUCAAGCGAAUUGAGUUGCGUCAUAAGGAUUACGACAAUUUAUUCAACAAAGUGAUGGAAAAACUAAAGGAACUUCAAGAGCAGUACAGCGAAAAGCAUUACAAAUUUUCAAUCAUUAAAAGGAAUAAUCACUCACACUCGGACAGCCUAUCAGAUGACUCUUCAGACAGCGAAUCGGAUUUGUCUUGUUGUGACGAAGACUCUGACACUUCAUCGGAAUCAUCAAGUGGAAAAAGAAAAAGCAGUUCAGACGAAAGUGAUACAGAAAUAGAUCCAGAACAUAGAUCCAAAAGCCCAUGUUCAAUAGAAUAUCCAUAUUCUGCGGGCCCACUUUCCGAAAUGCUGAUACUUGGACCAAACGGAACGGAAAUCAGUCGAAAGGACUUUGACUCAUUGCGAUGGAAGGAUUCUGCUGGUGCAACAAGGGACCUUUGCAAUGUGAUUUUCGGCGAAGACAUCCUGGCGACACAUUCACUUACUGGAAAUCAAUCACCGGCAUUUCGUGGACGCGAAAGACCAAUCAAAGCUCAACUUGAUUCAAACAAAACGGCUGAUAUUACUCAUUUUAUCUGCUAUAGAUUUAAAGUGACUCCGCAACUUGUAAGAGCAACAAUUACAACUAAAUGUGCUGAUGCUGCGAAGAAAAUUAAACGAAUGAAGCUGAAAAAGGACGAAACUGUUUAAAGAAACAACAAAAAAUAGGAAUAAAUUAAAAUACAACAAUUGAUUGAUUCAAGA